AAUUCACACACUCUCCCUCCCUCUCCCUCUCCAUUCUUUUUAAACUUCCUUCACUGCCAAACCAUUCACACUCUCUCACUCACACACACUCCCGAAAAUGGCCCCUUCUCUCACCUUCUUUCUCCUCCUUCUCACACUCACCCUCACUACCUCCACACCCACACCCACUUCCAAACCCAAAACCUUCAUCAUCCUAGUCAACCCAGACUCCAAACCCACCAUCUUCCCCACUCACACUAACUGGUACUCUUCUCUUCUCUCCACCAACACCACCACAACCACAACCUCCACCAUUCUCCACACCUACUCCACCAUCUUCCACGGCUUCUCCGCCACGCUCUCUCCAUCCCAAGCAGCCUCCCUCAGCUCCCACCCCCACAUCCUCUCUCUCCUCCCCGACACUCUCCGCCACCUCCACACCACUCGCUCCCCUCAAUUCCUCGGCCUCAAAACCUCCGGCAACUCCGGCCUCCUCAAAGAGUCCGACUUUGGCUCCGACCUCGUCAUCGCCGUCAUCGACACCGGCAUUACUCCCAACCACAAGAGCUUCAACGACGAAGACCUCGGUCCCGUACCCACCAAAUGGAAGGGCCACUGCGUCGCCAGCUCAGAUUUCCCACCUUCUUCUUGCAACAAAAAGCUCAUCGGAGCGAAGUUUUUCUCUCAAGGCUACGAAGCCACCAACGGUAAAAUCAACGAAACCGUCGAAACCAAGUCUCCAAAAGACACUGAUGGUCAUGGGACCCAUACUGCCUCCAUCGCCGCCGGAAGAUACGUUUUUCCGGCGUCAACUUUAGGCUAUGCUCGUGGUGUGGCCGCCGGGAUGGCUCCGAAGGCCCGUUUAGCUGCUUACAAAGUUUGCUGGAACUCUGGCUGUUACGAUUCCGACAUUCUCGCCGCCUUCGACGCCGCCGUAGCUGACGGCGUCGAUGUCAUAUCACUUAGCGUUGGUGGCGUUGUUGUGCCUUACCAUCUCGAUGCAAUAGCUAUCGGAGCUUUUGCUGCUGCUGAUGCGGGGAUCUUUGUAUCUGCUUCCGCCGGAAAUGGCGGCCCCGGAGCUCUAACGGUGACGAAUGUGGCUCCGUGGGUUACCACAGUCGGUGCCGGAACGAUUGAUAGAGAUUUUCCGGCGGAUGUGAAGCUUGGGAAUGAGAAAAUCAUUCCGGGCAUGAGUAUUUACGGCGGGCCGAAUUUGGUUCCGGGUCGGAUGUACCCGUUAGUGUACGGUGGGAGUUCUCAGACAGGCAAUGGCGGAGAUGGGUACUCGUCGUCUUUGUGUUUGGAAGGUUCAUUGGACCCCAAUUUCGUAAAAGGAAAAAUCGUGUUAUGUGAUAGAGGCAUCAAUUCAAGGACUGCAAAAGGCGAGGUUGUGAAGAAAGCUGGAGGGGCUGGAAUGGUUUUAGCAAAUGCGGUAUUUGAUGGUGAAGGAUUGGUGGCUGAUUGCCACGUGUUGCCCGCGACGGCGGUGGGUGCAGCCGGCGGUGAUGCGAUUAGGAAUUACCUUACGCAGGCGAAGAAGCCGGUGGCGACUAUUGUAUUCAAAGGAACUAGGCUUGGAGUCAGGCCUGCACCUGUGGUGGCAUCGUUUUCGGCUCGAGGGACUAAUCCGGAGACCCCGGAGAUAGUGAAGCCGGAUGUGAUUGCUCCUGGGUUGAAUAUUCUUGCAGCUUGGCCUGAUAGUGUUGGUCCAUCUGGGAUUCCAUCGGAUAAGCGUAAGACUGAGUUUAAUAUACUGUCCGGGACUUCAAUGGCUUGUCCUCAUGUGUCUGGUUUAGCAGCACUGUUGAAAGCAGCACACCCAGAAUGGACUCCAGCUUCAAUAAGGUCGGCUCUUAUGACCACUGCUUACACUGUGGACAAUAGGGGUGAGACUAUGAUUGAUGAGUCUACUGGGAAUGUUUCGAGUGUGUUGGAUUAUGGGGCUGGUCAUGUCCACCCUGAGAAGGCUAUGGAUCCUGGACUAGUGUAUGAUAUUAGUUCGUAUGAUUAUGUGGAUUUUCUGUGCAAUUUGAAUUAUACUACUAAGAAUGUUCAAGUGGUUACUAGGAAGAAUGCAGAUUGUAGUGGGGCAAAGAAAGCUGGUCAUGCUGGGAAUUUGAAUUACCCUUCAUUGUCUGCAGUGUUUCAACAAUAUGGGAAGCAUAAGAUGUCUACUCAUUUUAUUAGGACAGUGACGAAUGUUGGCGACCCAAAAUCGGUUUACCAAGUUACAAUUAGGCCGCCUAGCGGAAUGAUGGUGACGGUGCAGCCGGAGAAGCUUGCUUUUAGGAGGGUGGGUCAGAAGCUGAGUUUCCUUGUAAGGGUGCAAGCCAGGGAAAUUAAGCUCUCCCCUGGAAGCUCUACUAUGAAGGGGGGUUCUAUUGUAUGGUCUGAUGGGAAGCACACUGUCACCAGUCCCAUACUUGUGACACUGCAGCAACCUCUCUAGGAGUGUUUAUAUUUUUGGAGUUUUGGGUUUAGGAAUUUUGCUCUCCUUAUAGAAUUUUUAUAUAAAUUAUCUCCAUAUGUAUCAUGAUGAUGUGUUAUUUUUUUGUUUUUUUGUUUUUUUUUUCCUCUUUUGUAAUGUUUUCUAUUUCAGAAAACUGGUGGGUUGGUUUUGUAAUGCACAAUAGAUUUGUAUCCUUGUUUCUGUAAGAUUAACAAUCAAGAAUGAAUGUAAAAUGCUUUCCAUCAAAAAAAAAAAAAGAAUGAAUGUAAAAUGCUGUGUGAUAAUCGAAAGAUCUCUUUUCCUUUCAAAUCA